AUGUUCUUGUUCACAGAUCACACCAUCCAGUCUGUUUUCUGCUGCUGCUGCUGCUGCUGCACAGUGCAAAAAAGAGCAAUGAGAACAAAAAUGAACCUGGACCCCGAUACUGGCUUGGUGACCCAGUACUCAGCCUCACAACCAGAUGUUUCCUAUGCAUCUACUUGGAAGUGCAAGCAAAAGAGGCAAUUGCAGUUAAAGAACAAGCCAUUACCUCCUCUACCUGCCAAGGCUUUGGAAGACUAUACAAAAAAACCCAGAGUUAUUGCGCUUUAUGACUUUUUUGCUAGAGGACCCUCAGAUUUAGCGCUCAAGAAGUCAGAAGAAUACAUUAUCCUCGAACAGUAUGAUCCCCACUGGUGGAAGGCAAGAGACCAACAUGGGAAUGAAGGUCUAAUUCCCAGCAACUAUGUUACUGAGAACAAGAGAAGUAAUUUAGAAACAUAUGAGUGGUACUGCAAAAACAUAAACAGAAGCCAGGCAGAACUUCUCUUGCGCCAGAAGUCCAAAGAAGGCGCAUUUGUUGUCAGAGAUUCAAGCCAACAGGGACUUCUUACGCUGUCCAUGUAUUCGCGGGCUAAGGGAAGUCACACUGGAGACAUCCGACAUUAUCAAAUUAAGAAAAACCACUUGGGACAAUAUUAUGUAGCAGAAAAAUAUCUCUUCUCAUCUGUUCCUGACCUCAUCCAGUAUCAUCAACACAAUGCUGCAGGUCUUAUCACUCGCCUCCGACAUCCAGUUGGAUCAAUUGCAUGUUCUUCACCAGCAACAGCAGGAUUUAGUUAUGAGGAGUGGGAAUUAAACCCAUCUGAACUGACAUUCAUGAAAGAACUUGGGCGCGGGCAGUUUGGAGUUGUUCAGCUUGGUAAAUGGAAAGCAACCAUCAAGGUUGCCAUCAAAACAAUCAAUGAAGGUGCAAUGUCUGAAGAUGAUUUCAUCGAGGAAGCCAAAGUGAUGAUGAAACUCUCCCACCCAAAGCUGGUCCAGCUUUACGGAGUGUGCACACACCACAAGCCUCUCUACGUUGUGACUGAAUUCAUGGAAAAUGGCUGCUUGCUCAACUACCUUCGGCAAAGGCAAGGGAAACUCAGCAGAGACAUGCUGUUGAGCAUGUGCCAGGAUGUGUGCGAAGGGAUGGAAUACCUGGAAAGAAAUAGCUUUAUUCACCGUGAUUUAGCUGCAAGAAACUGUUUAGUCAACGCUGAGCACAUCGUCAAAGUAUCCGACUUUGGGAUGGCGAGGUAUGUCAUCGAUGACGAAUAUAUCAGCUCUUCAGGUGCCAAGUUUCCAAUCAAAUGGUCAUCUCCUGAAGUCUUUCAUUUCAAAAAAUACAGCAGCAAGUCAGAUGUCUGGUCAUUUGGCGUACUGAUGUGGGAAGUUUUCACAGAAGGCAAAAUGCCCUUUGAAAGGAAGUCAAAUUCUGAAGUUGUCCGUGAGAUUUCUCAGGGUAACCGACUUUAUCGACCACAUUUGGCAUCGCAUACUGUGUACAAAGUCAUGUACAGCUGCUGGCACGAGAAACCUGAAGGACGUCCUACUUUUGCAGAGUUAAUAGAGACCCUCACAGAUAUAACAGAGAUGGGGUAA